AUGGUUCCAGCAAGGAUUACUCCAUGGAGAGAUUCCAUUGAAUUAGAAACGUUAAAAGGAUGGUUUUAUGAUCAUAAACUUGGUACGAAACAAAAUGAAGACCAAAGAUCAAGAGCCAUUUUGAAAGUGAUGAGUUAUAGAUUAAAAGGUUCACAAUAUAUACCGCAUGUUGUUUCUACUACUUCUCAAAUUACGACAUCAAUCCUCUUAGAUGAGUCCUCUUCUAACUCUUGCGACAUUGAUGAAAUGAAUGUUAGAUUAAGUUACAUGAUGUCUUUGAUUAGAUUUGUUAAUGGUGUGUUAGAUCCGACACAACAGUCUGAAUUUGCCAUACCAUUACAUGUAUUGGCUAAGAAAGUUGGAUUAUCAUCAUGGCUUGUUGAUUUAAGACAUUGGGGUACUCAUGAAAGAGAUUUACCUGGUAUUGAUAUUUUAAGAAUUGCUAGUCAAGAAGCUUUAGAAUGGUUAUGGGUAAAUUAUUGGAAUAACGAUGAAUUGGAAGAUGAGAAGGAUAAUGAAGGUGAAGAAGAUGAAGAUAGUGAAGCGUAUCAACAAAGAAUGUUGGUACUGGAACUAUGUGAAUCUUUAGAUAACUUGAUAACACUAUGGAAGAAGAGAAGAAACUUUCUAGAAGAAGAGAAAUGGAUAUGGGAAAAUGAUAGCAAUGUUAUUACAAGUUCUAAUUUUGUUGUUAAUGAACCUACGAAGAAGAAGAAUAAGACUAAGAAAAAGCACAAUCAGGAAAUUACACCUCAAGACGAGAUAAAUUCAUUUGCAUUUAAUUUUAGAGAUAUAUGGAAGCAAUUGAAUAGUAUUGAAAAUAAGACAAUAGAACCAAUUCAAGAAACUUCUCAAAUAGACAAGUUUAUUGUGAAAGUUGUACUUAAGAAUUUUGAUCCAUUAUUAAUUGAAUUUUUAAGUUGUAAAAUUAAUAAUUUUGAAUUUGAAGUGCUUAAAUGGCUGAUCAAUUGUUUCUCAGAAGCAGAUACAAAUACAAAUACAAAUACGUCGCAGAAGGAUAAAACAUUAUCAUUAUUGAAGAAACGAUUCCCUAAAUGGAAAGAUUUACAAAAUAAAUUGUUAAACUUAAUAAUCAAUGGAAUUAAUUUAAAGAUAUUUUUAAAUGAUUGGAAUGUAUUUUGGAAAGACUUACUAUGUACAUCCAAAUUAAAUAUCAACUUGUUCAUCUUAGAAAGAAUAUCUGACAGGUUAAGUGAACAAGCGAAUAAUAAUAAUAAUGAUUCAUGGAGGCAGCGACAAUUUAAGAAAAAGAAGAAGAAACAUUUGGAAGGAAAGAUGGAUGAAAUACAGAAGGAAAUUAACACAUAUGUAGAUUCUCUGACGAAACAAUAUGGAGAAAGUGGGAUGGUAUUAUUUUAUGAUUUCGGGGUAUCGAAAAAGUCUCAAAUAGUGUCGGAUAAUGAAAUAAAUGAAAGCAAAGGACCAGAAUCAGAAUCGAGUGCAUUUAUCAAUGGUAUUUUAGGUGAUUUAGCCAACUUGAAGAAAAGGAUGCAUAAUGGUAAUGGUACUGACAGUAAUGAGAAGAAAAGGAAGUUGAAUAAUAACGAUAACAAGAAGUAUUGGUCAAAAAUUGAUGAUUGGGAACCUACGCCAUUGGUAUAUUACCACAAUAGUCGUUGUAACAUUUGCAUGAUUUUAUAG